CCGCUUUCCCGGAGCCGGGCGAGCACAGGGACUCGCCGUCUGCGCGACGUGGCUCUGCACAACGGGAACCCGCCCGCCUGUCAGAGGCGGUGGCGACGCUCUUCUGAGGUUUACGGCGGCGGCCGGGCUCCGGCGCGGGGGCCGUCGGGACAGGACGCGACCGGACGGGACGGGACGCGAUGCGGCUGGUCGGGCGCUGCUGGCGCGCGGCGCUGGUGUUGGCGCGGACGCGGGUCGUCGCCCUCGGGCCGUCGGCUGGGCGCCGCUCGGCCUCUGGGAACGCGGGCGAGCUGCGCGGCGAGCCCGACAGGUUCGGGGGCGUGUCGGUGCACCUGGCCGCGCUGGACCGCCUGGACGCCGCCGCCUUCGUGAGCGCCUUGCGGGCUGCAGUGCAUCAGUGGCGAUCAGAAGGUAGAGUAGCCGUCUGGCUGCAUGUUCCCAUCCUCCAAAGCCAACUUAUUGCCCCCGCUGCUUCCCUGGGCUUCUGCUUUCACCAUGCAGAGUCGGACUCCUCGACGCUGACCCUGUGGCUAGGAGAAGGGCCCAGCAGAUUACCAGGGUACGCUACACAUCAAGUGGGAGUCGCAGGAGCUGUAUUUGAUGAGAGUACUAGAAAAAUAUUGGUUGUACAAGAUCGAAAUAAAUUGAAAAAUAUGUGGAAGUUUCCAGGAGGGCUGUCGGAGCCUGGAGAAGAUCUUGGAGAUACCGCGGUGCGCGAGGUUUUCGAGGAGACUGGGGUGCAGUCGGAAUUCAGGUCCCUCCUGAGCAUCCGGCAGCAGCACGGCAGUCCCGCGGCCUUCGGGAAGUCGGACAUGUACGUCGUCUGCCGCCUGCAGCCGCGCUCCUUCCACAUCACGUGCUGCCGGCACGAGUGCCUCCGGUGCGAGUGGAUGGACCUCGGCGACCUGGUCAGGGCUGAAAACGCCACCCCCGUCACCAGCAGGGUCGCCAGGCUGCUGCUGUACGGGCACAGGGAAGGGUUUGACAAAGUCGACCUGCCGGCCCAGGAGCUGCCGGCGGGGGCCGCAGGCCGGCCCUCCAAGCUCUACCUCCGGGCACUGCCCGCCAGGCCCGGGCCGGAGGAGCCGCCGCGGCGCGCUGCGCUCGGGGCUCCAGCUUCGGGGAGCUGCACGUGACUGGUUUGUCCAGAUUGUACAGUGGCCUGAACACGGGCCUGAUUAAAGGGCUGGUGUCGAUUUCCUUGUUGGAAAUUCAUGUGUAAGCACAUUUCAAAAUCUUUUCAAAUAAAACAAAUGUAAGGAAAACAUUAUAAUCUGAGUAAUCUUCACUGA